GUUUCACUCAAAAAUAACGCGGGACUGUGAGAAAAAACAAGCAGAGAACGGUUAAGAGUACGAUGCGUUUGUCGGGGAAAAAAACUAAAUUAAACGACGCUGUUUAGUUGUCUGUGUCCUCUCAGCUGGACUCAGUGAAUGUAGAGUUUUCUCUUUCUUUGUGUCGGUGACCAAUGGACCCCACGGAGGAUUUAUCUGCUCGGGUGCUGCUGAAACGCAUCCUCAGCACCCAGUCCCCUCAAACUCCUGUUACUCGCAGUCAGUCCCAGGAAGUGAGUACCAGUGGGCUCCGGAGAAGCAGCAGACAAAGCAGGAGGAGAGAUGCUGAAACCAAAACCCCACAGGACAUCCUGAGGCGCAGUCUGAGACAGAACAUCCGUGAGAGUAUAGCCAGAAAAUCCCAGCCUCCCACUGACCGAAGGACCGUCUCAGUCAUGCUCUCAAGAGUGCCUUCUUCAACUUCAAUGCUUUUGAGUGAUGUAGCCACUCCCAGACAUUUACUCAGAAACAUCCUGCAGACAGAUCCUGUGAAAUCCCCUGUUGUUCAUAAGACUGAACCCCCUAAAGAACCUGAACCCCAAUCAGCUGAAGAGACAACCAGAACACAUCCGAGCACUGAGCUGUCAGAGCUGGAGCUCCCUGAUAUAACCAUUGGGAACAUUGGGAGCGUGGCGAAGGGACUGAGCAGAAAGAGACCAUGCCGGAGCCUUAACGUAACCGCCUUUGAAAAGAGACUGAAAGCGGUAAAAGAUGUUGAAGAGGGAGUUGAAGAUGCAUCAUAUGAUCAUUCGUCCCUUUCUUUGUCAAGCUCCACCUCUUUGACUCUAAAAACACCGUUUGCUGAUGUUGAGACUGAGAAAAGGGGGCUCCAGAGGAAAGUGUCUAACCGUAGAAAAGUCUCAGAGGAGGAUUUUGGUGCUGCUGUGAGCAAGCGACAGAUGGGAGAUGUGAGCAGCCAUGGUUUUAUGGAGGGAAAUCUCAGUGAAGUUACCAACUUUGAAGGGUUCACACUGGGUCCGAGCAAACUCGGCGAGGCUGAUAUCAUGAACUGCAACACGGCGCUGUAUGACCUGCCUGAUGCGAUGGUCUCUGGCUUCUCCGUCGUCGCUACUGAGGAUAAACACAGUGGCAUGUCCUCGCAGCUUCAGGACGUCGUUGAUGCAGAACAGGAAGAGGAGCUCGGCGAGAUGGCAAAAGAUACAGCGGACAUGUUUCCGAGUGAAGAAAAGGAUGCAGCUUCAUCUGAAGUUGAUGAAAAUGCUUCUGAUGUUCUUAUGCAAGAAGAUGUCGCUGAAUUUCAGGCUGAGCAAAGUAAAGCUAAUGUGGCUGAUGAUGCUGAAGUGAUGUCAACGCCUGAGGAAGAGGAGGCUGCAGCUGAAUCUGAGACAGAUGAUGGUGCUGAGUGUGAGGAAGUGGAAGCCCAAACUGGAGAGAAACGUGUGUCUGAUGAUGAUUUUACUGAGGAAGAGGAGGCUGCAGCUGAAUCUGAGACAGAUGAUGGUGCUGAGUGUGAGGAAGUGGAGGCCCAAACUGGAGAGAAACGUGUGUCUGAUGAUGAUUUUACUGAGGAAGAGGAGGCUGCAGCUGAAUCUGAGACAGAUGAUGGUGCUGAGUGUGAGGAAGUGGAGGCCCAAACUGGAGAGAAACGUGUGUCUGAUGAUGAUUUUACUGAGGAAGAGGAGGCUGCAGCUGAAUCUGAGACAGAUGAUGGUGCUGAGUGUGAGGAAGUGGAGGCCCAAACUGGAGAGAAACGUGUGUCUGAUGAUGAUUUUACUGAGGAAGAGGAGGCUGCAGCUGAAUCUGAGACAGAUGAUGGUGCUGAGUGUGAGGAAGUGGAGGCCCAAACUGGAGAGAAACGUGUGUCUGAUGAUGAUUUUACUGAGGAAGAGGAGGCUGCAGCUGAAUCUGAGACUGGUAAGACAGAUGAUGGUGCUGAGGAAGUGGAGGCCCAAACUGGAGAGGAAGGUGCAUCUGGUGAUGAUUUGACUGAGGAAGAGGAGGCUGCAGCUGAAUCUGAGACUGGUAAGACAGAUGAUGGUGCUGAGGAAGUGGAGGCCCAAACUGGAGAGGAAGGUGCGUCUGGUGAUGAUUUGACUGAGGAAGAGGAGGUUUCUCCCGACUCUCAAACUGAGGAAGAGCAAGGAGUUGCUGAAACACAAGAGCAUGUUGCUGACUCUCAAUCUGAAGAUAUUGAAAGUUUUCACUCUGAGGAAGAGGAGGAUGCACAGGACCCUCUACCUGAACAUGCGGUAGCAAGUGUCCCAUUUCAAGGUGAUGACGAAGAUGAGGCUCAGUCUGAAGAUGAGGAAGAUGUGGCUACGUCUCAGACAGAAGAUGACAAUGAUGAGCAAAGAGAGGAGGAAGAUCAGGCUUUGGAACACAUGGAACAGGACUCGAGUCACAUCAGUCGAAGGGCUCGUCGAUCUGAGGGUGUGCCCGUUGUCCCCGUCCCAGAGGUGAGGGAGGAUGCUGCUGAAGCCUCUGAAGCAGGCUGGUCCAAAGCACACACUUCUACUGGUGUUAAUGCCAGUGCAGAAGUGGAAAACCACGCCCGCAGACGGACUAGAACUGGGAGCUCGGCCUCAUCUAAACUAUCAGUGCAAGAUGAAGGCGACGUGUUUGACACAGAAAACGUUCCUGCAUCUGGAACUAAAGCCUCGUUUCCUUGUCUUGAGUUAACCCAGGAUAUUCAAGUCGAUGAGCACCGGAGUAACGAUUCGUCUGAGGAGGAUGCUGGUCAGGAGGACGAGUGUGAUGAUGACCUAGAUGAAGAAGAAGACCUUCCCUGCAAGACUCCGGCAUUUGUCAAAGAGAAAAAGAUCUUUCUGUCUGAUCCUGCAGCGUCCCCUUUUGUUUUUAAGAAUGUUCCAACAAGUGGUACAAGUACAGGUUUACCUGCAGCUAAACCCAAGCAGGUGAGACCAAGGAAAACGCGGACAGCUAGUAAGAAAGGAGUCCUCCCUAAGUCCUACCUAUUGAGCACCUUCAGACACUUUGCCAAAACCAAGGUCUCAGCAGAUGUUUACCCCAUUCUGAAUGAGAUAAUGGAUAAAUUUUUUGACCGGAUGGCGGAGGACCUGGAGACGUAUGCUGCCCAUGCUAAUAGAAAAACCAUUGAGUUUGAAGAUGCUGUGCUCCUGUUGAAAAGACAGGGUCACGUGAAUGAAAACAUGCCAGUGGAGGUGCUCAUUGAAAAGUAUUUACGAAUGGACCAGCGAAAAAUCCUGAUCCCCAUUGCAACGAGCGGAAAUGUUGUUAUCCCCAAAAUGAGGUGAACCUUUUGGAAAUGACCUGGAUUUAUUUUUAAAUUACUAAUUAAUCUCAGUUUCUGGUUAAUUGGACAUGUAGAGGCAUUUUGUAAAUGUGCAAAUACGAUCUAUAUUUGCUUUGUGCUGUCACUUAUUCUCUUUUCCUCAUCUGUAUUAUGUCAUGAGGGAGUGGGUGUGUGAUUAUUGUGUAUUUUUGGUGUGCUUUGGUGAUACACUUUUCUGUUACGUCAUUCUGAAAUCUCCAUCUUAAACUAUCACAGAUUAAAUAAACCUCAUUGUAUAUUUGUGUGUUGACCA